CCUCUACCCCAUUUCUCUACCUCUCCCUCUGUCUGUUUCUGCUCCAUAGCGAUGGAGGAACUGGAUGGUGACGAGGUCAGAGUGUCCUCUAAGGGGCGCAUUGCCGAGAGAGACAUAGUCCAGUUUGUGCCUUUCCGGGACUACAUAGACCGCCAGGGCAACCAGGUGCUGAGCAUGGCACGGCUGGCGAAGGACGUGUUGGCAGAAAUCCCUGAGCAGCUGCUGGGUUUCAUGAAGACGAGGGACAUCGAGCCCCGGCCCGCCUCCUCCACCACCACUACCACCCCGCCAGGACUCCACAAGCUGCACAUCUGAGAGAGGGGUUUGGGUGGGGGUUUUUGGUUCUUGGGUUUAGAGACAUUGUUUGGACCAUUUUCAGUUGCAGCAAAUACCUGAAGAGACACACACUGAAGCCGUUGGGGUACACAUACGCACGCACGCACACACACACUGCAGUAGCGAUUUCCUGUCUGGUGAACACCGCCAUGCUGUGAUGUAACAACUGUACAGCUUAACAAGGGUCAAAUGGAGCAUGACCUUUGGAGUGAGAACUGUUGGAACUGCUUCCGUGGUUGCCAACCCCUCACUGACCCCUUAGCUUCAUUUUAUAUGCAGGGGUCAAGGAACAGUCACCGUUAAACGUUGUAAAAAGCAAGAGUUUGUGGGCUUCUCAACAGACAGAAAGAGCGAUCGAUGUUCACCUUUUUUCCUAUGCCUCACUAGCCACGCAUGCAAUGAGUGUUUCAUUCUCACAUCUUUUGUGGUCCAAAACAGAAACAAAUUGACCACUUGGGUUGCAAUGGCAGUAUUUUACUUUGUCCACUCUCUGGCCAAUGUAUAUUUCCAUGUGUAUAAUGACACUGUACAAACAUUGAAGAAAGUGGGACAGCCGGUUAAUAUCCAAAACAAGUGAAAGGCACAGGAAGUCUAUUCAUGUUUGGUUUCUUCUCAGGGCAUUUCUGAAAGCUUUUGGAUGAGUUUCGCAAAACAAGGGAGACGGUAACAAGACGGCGUCUCUGGACGGUUGAGGUCUCAGCCUCGGCAUCUGGAGUCAUUGGGUGUUUCUCAAAAUGCAUACUACCGUGCUCCGAGCACGCAAAUUGGAGCACAGGAGGGUCAGAGUAUGAGUUGAAGUCAAAGUAUGCGAAACGGAGCACAGAGGGCACUUCUGGAAUGUGUACUCCAUUUGUACUUAUUUUGAAGCAUGCAUCAAUGCAAGCUUCAACGGAAAGUAUGCAAAGAAAAAUGAUGCAACCACGUAAAAAAUGACAUAAAAUGUAUUGAAAUCAAUGGUGGCCAUUAUUUGAGCUGAAGCGAGAGAAAAUACACUCCUAUUCAGAAUUAAAUGUUGCUUAUUCACAUCUCAUAUGUUGCCUGACUAUAAUAUUUUAUUUUGAUACGUUAAUAAAUACAGGCGGUGUUCAUUUUGCCAUGUUUAUCUGCCUACAUACCAUAUAUCACAAGCCCAUAAUAGGUCAAUAGGGCUAACUGGCUAGCAACUAGUACUGUUAGCUACCCAGAUAGCCACAAAUAAUUGUUAGCUAGCAACCCACGAAGAAUAUAUCUCACAUAAUAUUAGUUUUAGAUCAUUUUUGCAUGUUAAAAUAUCUGGUUAGCUACAUUAUUAUGCUAGCUGAUAGUUAUGAAGUAAAAUGGUUGCUUUGUGUAUAUCUUGUUUCGUUACUGUUGCCAUUGUUGACCUGACUGGAAGACAGUUCAGUGACUGGGUAAGUCCAAGUCAAUAGGGCUAACUGGCUAGCUAGCUAGCCAUGAAGAAUUGGUAGCUACCAAUGAAAUAUGUACAGUUGAAGUCGGAAGUUUACAUACACCUUAGCCAAAUACAUUUAAACUCAGUUUUUCACAA